AUUCAGUUGCCAACAUUUGCAGAAUAAACAUGUACGCCAAGCUGAUCGUCGCUCUUUGCGCCCUGGGUGUGGCCCGCGCCAGCGGUGUCUAUGAAGCCGCUCCCCUGGCUUACAGCGCACACGCUUACGCCGCCCCUGCCGUAGUGACCAAGACCAUCAGCCCCGCGGUGUCCUCUGUAUCUGCCUACUCGACCCACACCGCUCACGGUGGUGAAAUCUCGUACGCCGCUGCCCCCGUUGUCGCUAAGGCCUACGCCGCCCCCAUCGUCGCCAAGACCUACGCUGCUCCUGCCGUUGCUGCGUACGCUGCACCCGUGGCUGCCUACGCCGCUGCCCCUGCUGCUGUCGCCGUCGCCCCCGUUGCCUACGCCGCUCCCGCUGUGGCUGCGUACGCUGCCCCUGCUGUGGUGACCAAGACCAUCUCUCCCGCCGUCUCCUCCGUGUCCGCCUACUCCACCCACACCGCUCACGGUUCCGCGUACGCUCCCGCUGCGUACUCCGCCUACGCCGCUCCCGCUGUGGCUGCGUACUCUGCUCCCCUUGUCGCCAAGACCUACGCCGCUCCCUUGGUAGCUAAGACUUACGCUGCUGCCCCCAUCGCCACUUAUGCCCACGCCGCUCCCGUCCUCAAAUCCGUAGCGUACUCCGCUGCCCCCGCCGUCUCCCACAUCGAAUACAGCGGCCACGGUGCUAACUACGGUUGGUAA